CUUCAUGAAUAGUAACUUAGUUUAUGUGAAGAUCAUAAGAUGAUGAGAAGACAUUGUAGGCUUUGGUGGCCAAAGCAGCUCUUAUCGAAUCAAGAAUCACCCUCCAGUGUUCUACUGGGAUGGUUUGUCACCAGCUCACCAUCAUCCCUUGACAUUAUUGUAGCCCUUACUUGCAGUGAAGUCUUGCUUUCUAGUUCUAGUCAUGGCAUUGAGGGGAUCAUUCAUGACACUUGUGGGAGCAUGCCUGCACUUCUUCAGGAUAAGUCCAAGUUCUCUGUACUUGGUCUGUGUGUCACUGACCCUAAUAAUACUAGUAAUAGUUUGACAGAUGAGACAGAAGAUGACCAAAAAAGGUUCUCUGAUUGCGGCAAUGCUUUGAAAGAGGGAAGCACAUGUACAUACAGAGAGAAUAACUGUAGGAGUUGUCGUUGUGUCCAGUUAGAUGAAUCAUUGAGGAAAAGUAGCCAAUCUGUUCUUGGAAAAAGUAACUGGGUCCUACUGACGUUUGAUUCUCCUGAACAGAAUGAUGCAGGAAUGCGCAGGCUUCCAAAGCUGCACCACAUUCAUUGGGAUGGACUAACUGUGUUACAAUAUGAUGUUCACGUAAUAAUUUAUGAAACACCUUAUUAUGGUGUUCAUCAUUUCUCAUUAUGUCAUUCGGGUUCAAAUGAGCAAGCAAAAACUUCCAUUAAAAAUCCUAAGUGGGUCGAUGAGCUUCAUAAAAAGCAGCAAUUCAUUGAAUUGGAUACAGUUAUUCUGGCAAUUAAUUGCACCGCUGCUGCUAAAAGAAUAUUUGAGGGACAUGUGGUCCCAAGAAGAUCCUUAAGCCCACUCUCCAUAUUUCCCAUGUUUUAUGUUAUCAUUGGGCAUCUGUUUUCCAAGUUUGUGGCUUCGUUCUCCACUGUAUUCUAUGUUGUUCUUCAAUUUGUCCGAACACAUUUUAAUUAUGAAUCAGAAUCAUGGAUGUUUGUGACAUCAGCAAAUGUAUUCAGGACAACUGCUUGGAUAAAUAUACGAAUCCGUUGUUGUCAGAUAUUAUAUUGGCCAAUUUCUCUUCAGGAGAAUGACCUCAGGCCACGGUCAUGUGUUGAAUAUGCAGAGAAAGCUGCAAUGCAUAGGCAUUCUAUGUGGUCAACUUUGGUUGUUGAUAUUCUCCUUGGAAACUUGGUUGGCUGGGCAUUAUUAUAUCAUUCAGAUUAUGUUUGCUUGUCAGUUUUGGACUUUGUCCAUGGGUUUGCCACAUUUUUGCGCUCUGGGUGUGUGUGGUUGAUGGGAAACCCUGCAGGCUUCAAAUUGAAUGCUGAGCUGGCUGGAGUACUUGGCAUGGUUUCUUUGAAUGCAAUCCAGAUAUGGUCAACACUCUGGAUCUUUGUGGGUUUCAUCUUCCGUUAUAUUAUUCUAGGGAUUUCUGUUUUAGGAAUCAUUUGUGGAUUCACUGUACCAGCUGCUUUAAUCAUAGACGUGAUUGCACUAGCAACUUUACAUGUUUCAACUCUUCAUUGGUUGGUUUCACUUUUAUAUUCAUCACAAAUACAGGCAUUAGCAGCGUUGUGGCGGCUUUUCAGGGGUCGGAAGUCGAAUCCUCUUCGGCAGAGGUUGGAUAGCUUUGACUAUACUGUGAAGCAACAUAUUGUUGGAUCUCUUUUAUUUACGCCACUUUUACUUCUUUUACCAACCACUUCCGUUUUCUAUAUAUUCUUUAGUAUUGUGGACACAACCAUUAACCUCGUAUCUCUGCUCAUUGAAGUCACUAUUUCGGUUAUUCAUGCUACACCUUAUUCCAAGAUAUUUCUUUGGUUUGUGAGACCAGAAAGAUUCCCUUCUGGAAUAUGGUUUGAAAUUAUUGGUUGUCAGAGUAACAGUACUGUUUGUCCAAGUGCUGAUUUUACUGAUAGAAUGACCUCAUCCAAGGAAUCGUUGCAUCUAAAGGAUAGAGAAAAAUCUAGUAUUCUGGUUUCAGUCCUCCACAGCAACUACUUAAGCAUAGGAAAAAUUAUGUUGCCUCACUUCAAAGAUGUAUUUUCGGGAGUUUCUGGGUCAUUCUUCUCCACAGUGGCAUAUGGAAUCCUCAUCGGGCAAAGAAUGCCAUCUCUGCGUGGCACCCUUCUUCCUUCGCCAAUGCCAUGGACGUCUCUGCCUUACAAAGAUUAUUGGCGCCUUUGUCAUGAUUCACUUAUUGCAUGCUUCAGAUGAUAAUGGUUGUGGCUCAGGUUUUCUUCUUCGUUUUCAAUAUAUAUAUAUAUAUAUAUAUAUAUAUGUUGGGUACAACUAGCUCGGGGAUUUAAUUGCACAGAUGUCAUCCAGCUUGCUUCUCUCAUAUUAGUGGCUUUUUCUCCUUUCAAUGGGUAACGUAUUCUUCCCUAAUUCAGCUUGUUCCUACUCUUCUA